CCAGCGCCCGGAGCUGGGGGCGGGGCGGGUAUGUGGCGAGACCCCCGGGGCAAUCCGGCUUCGCCUCUCGUCCGCCGCGUCGCUUCCUUAAAUGGCGACGGCUCGAGGGAGAGGAGGACGCGGAGGCGGCGCAGAUCCGCCGACAGGCCCCAUGAGGGGGCUGUGAGGAAGAAAAUGAAACUUUUUUCAGAAUCACACAAAACAGUUUUUGUGGUGGAUCACUGCCCUUAUAUGGCAGAAUCUUGCAGACAACAUGUUGACUUUGAUAUGUUAAUGAAGAAUCGAACCCAAGGGAUCAUACCUCUUGCACCUAUAUCACGAUCGCUAUGGACCUGUUCAGUGGAAUCAUCCAUGGAAUAUUGUAGAAUAAUGUUUGAUAUAUUCCCCUUUAAAAAACUAGUGAACUUCAUUGUAAGUGACUCUGGAGCAAAUGUCUUAAACUCUUGGAACCAAGAAGAUCAAAGUUUGCAGGAGUUAAUGGCCGCUUUAGCAGCUGUUGGACCUCCCAAUCCUCGUGCAGACCCUGAAUGCUGCAGUAUACUUCAUGGCUUAGUUGCAGCAGUAGAGGCACUCUGCAAAAUUACUGAAUACCAACAUGAGGCCCGAACCUUAUUAAUGGAGAAUGCUGACCGUGUUGGAAACAGAGGACGAAUAAUCUGUAUUACUAACGCAAAGAGUGACAGCCAUGUACGAAUGCUUGAGGAGUUUGUCCAGGAAACGAUACAUGAACACAACAAACUAGCAGCUAAUUCAGAUCAUCUUAUGCAGAUCCAGAGAUGUGAGCUGGUCUUAAUUCACACUUACCCUGUUGGUGAGGAAAGUCUUGUGUCGGAUCAUCUUAAAAAAGAGCUCUCUCCUGUCUUAACCAGCGAAGUACAUAGUGUUCGGGCUGGACGGCAUCUGGCCACCAGACUGAAUGUUUUAGUACAGCAGCAUUUUGAUCUGGCUUCAACCACUAUAACUAACAUCCCCAUGAAGCCCACAUUCAAUGUCUGUGACCAGGAAGAGCAGCAUGCCAAUACAUCUGCCAAUUAUGAUGUGGAACUACUUCAUCACAAGGAAGCACACGUAGACUUUUUAAAAAGUGGUGAUAAUCAUACGGGUGGUAGUAGCAAAGAAGGUACAUUAAAAGAAACUGUAACUUUAAAAUGGUGUACACCAAGAACAAACAGUGUUGAACUUCAUUAUUGUACUGGAGCUUUCAGAAUAUCACCUGUGGAUGUAAAUAGUCGGCCUUCUUCUUGCCUUACCAACUUUCUCCUUAAUGGUCGUUCUGUGUUGUUGGAACAACCACGUAAGUCUGGCUCUAAAGUAAUUAGUCAUAUGCUUAGUAGCCAUGGAGGAGAGAUUUUUCUGCAUGUUCUAAGCAGUUCUCGAUCCAUUCUGGAAGAUCCUCCUUCAAUUAGUGAAGGAUGUGGUGGUAGAGUCACAGACUACAGGAUUACGGAUUUUGGUGAAUUUAUGAGGGAAAACAGGCUUACUCCUUUUCUGGAACCCAGAUACAAGAGUGAUGAAAGUUUUGAGAUUCCCUUGGAGCGAGCCAAAGAUCAACUAGAGAAGCAUACUCGCUACUGGCCCAUGAUCAUCUCACAGACUACUAUAUUCAACAUGCAAGCUGUAGUGCCAUUGGCCAGUGUUAUUGUGAAGGAAGCAUUGACAGAUGAAGAUGUCCUCAGUUGUCAGAAAACAAUUUACAAUUUAGUAGACAUGGAAAGAAAAAAUGACCCACUGCCAAUAUCAACAGUUGGAACAAGAGGAAAGGGUCCUAAAAGAGAUGAACAGUACAGGAUCAUGUGGAAUGAACUGGAGACUCUUGUUAGAGCGCACAUAGCCAACUCGGAUAAACAUCAACGAGUUUUGGAGUGCCUUCUGGCUUGCAGAAGCAAACCACCUGAAGAAGAGGAGCGCAAGAAACGGGGGAGGAAAAGAGAAGAAAAAGAAGAAAAGUCAGAGAAAGCAGGAAAAGACUAUGAACCAGAAAAAUCCUGGCAGGAAUCGGAAAGGUUAAAAGGCUUAUUAGAUCGUGAAAAAGAGGAACUAGCAGAGGCAGAAGUAAUAAAAGAUUCACCUGAUUCUCCUGAGCCACCAAACAAAAAACCCCUUGUUGCAGUGGAUGAAAUCCCAACCAUUGAAAAAACUAAAGGGCCAGUUUCUCUCCUAUCUUUAUGGAGCAACAGAAUUAACACUGCAAAUUCUAGGAAACAUCAGGAAUUUACUGGUCGCUUGAACUCUGUCAACAACAAAGCUGAGUUAUAUCAACAUCUUAAAGACGAGAACGGAAUGGAAACAACAGAAAAUGGGAAAGCCAGCCGGCAGUGAAAAUGGAAUCUAAGAAUUAUAUUUUGUUAUGUUGCAUAAACAUUUUAUUUUUUAUUCAAAUUGAUUCAAACUUCAGUUGCUUUGAUUGUUUUUUUCUAUUUUUAGCACUUUUCAAUAAAAAUAGAAAAUCUCAAUAUUAUAUAUGUAAAUCAUUUGUCCCAAAUCCCUUUUUACUCUAGGAUCAAAUAAAGCAAGACUUUAUUUCCAACUAAUAGUAAGGUCUUUAUAAAAAUGAAUUUUAAAAUGUUUUUGAUUCCCUCUGGAGAAACACUGUAUUUUUUUUACCUGAGUUUUGUUUUCAGGUGUGCUUUUAGAUACAUUAAAACUUUUUAGGAGAUUGUACUUUAGGGGAGUGCUGCAUAAACGCAUGUGUUGUUGGA